GUCGGUGAGCCCGGAGCCCGGGUCCCGUCUCCCGCUGCAACACCCGCCUGAGCCCCUGGGCUGAACCGGACCCCGACACCGGACCGCGGGACCCCGUCACCGGACCACCGUAAGAGCCUCCGCCCGGUUGUUCACCUAACGAGUCGGAGUUCUUUCACCACCGGAGGAGACGCGCGGUGGCAGCUCGCGUCCCCUCGGACUGCGUGUGGUCACAUAGGAGGCUAGUGGUUUACCCGGGUUAACAACAGCGGCGUGUCCCGGUUCCUCCCGGGUUGUUAGUGACAAAAAGGAGACGUUGACGUGACUUUUACCGGAGAGGGGGGGCAGGCUGCUCCGGGAGCACCGGGAGGCGGAGGAAGAGGCGAAGGUGUUUGGUGUGAAGUGACGCCUGGAGGAAGAGGAGGCACCGGGAGGAAGAGGAGAGCAGGCACCGGGAGGAAGAGCAGUCACCGGGAGGAAGAGGAGAGCAGGCACCGGGAGUCGUGACGUCGCCCCGGAGGUGCAGUCACAUUCGAGGUCCUUUCCGCUUGGUCUCCACACCCCCCACGCCGGCCAUGAUGAGGGGCACUGUCGGCUGUAACCCUGCCCGGACCGGGGGCUCCUGGUAGGGAUGGUGCCGCUGUGAAGAGCCGGUGCGCCGUGUGGUUCUCCGCGGAGGGAAGCGCCUGGACACCAUGACUGUUUUCAACCAGGAAAAUGUUGAGGAAUUUUACGAAAUCGGAGACGAGCUGGGCAGUGGCCAGUUUGCCGUGGUCAGAAGAUGUCGGCACAGGAACACGGGCGUGGAGUUCGCCGGCAAAUUCAUCAAGAAGCGGCGCAGCAAAUCCAGUCGACGGGGGGUGACGAGGGAGGACAUCGAGCGCGAGGUGAACAUCCUGAAGGAGAUCCAGCACCCGAACAUCAUCACGCUGCACGAGGUCUUCGAGAACAAGGCGGAGGUCAUCCUCAUCCUGGAGCUCGUGGCGGGCGGUGAGCUGUUUGACUUUCUCGCAGAGAAGGAGUCGCUGAGCGAGGAGGAAGCCACUCAGUUCCUCAAGCAGAUCCUGGAAGGAGUCCUCUAUCUGCACUCCAAGCAAAUCGCCCACUUUGACCUGAAGCCGGAGAACAUCAUGCUGCUGAACCGCUCGGUGCCUCACCCGCGCAUCAAGGUCAUCGACUUCGGUCUGGCCCACAAGAUCGACCUUGGCAAUGAUUUCAAAAACAUCUUUGGAACUCCAGAAUUUGUAGCACCAGAGGUAGUGAACUAUGAACCCCUGGGCCUGGAGGCAGACAUGUGGAGCGUUGGCGUGAUAACCUACAUCCUUUUGAGCGGUGCGUCUCCUUUCCUGGGCGACAACAAGCAGGAGACGCUGGCCAACGUGUCGGCCGUGGACUACGCCUUCGAGGAGGAGUUCUUCAGCAACACCAGCGCCCUGGCCAAAGACUUCAUAGCAAAGCUCCUCGUCAAAGAUCCCAAAAGGAGAAUGAGCAUUCAGGACAGUUUCCUGCACCCCUGGAUCAAGCCAAAAGAUACUCUGCAAGCUCUGAGCAGGAAGGAGUCGGCUGUCAACAUGGAAAAGUUCAAGAAGUUCGCGGCUCGAAGAAAAUGGAAACAAUCCGUCCGACUCAUCUCCUUGUGCAACCGUCUGUCCCGCUCCUUCCUGUCCCGGAGCAACAUGAGUGUGGCGCGCAGUGAGGACACGCUGGAUGAGGAGGACUCCUUCGUGAUGAAGGCCAUCAUCCAUGCCAUAAACGACGACAAUGUGCCGGGUCUGCAGCAUCUGCUCGGCUCUCUGAACAGUUAUGACAUCAACCAGCCCAACAAGCACGGGACCCCUCCCCUCCUGAUCGCCGCUGGCUGUGGCAACAUUCAGAUCAUCGAGGUGCUGAUGAGGAAAGGUGCAGAGAUCCAGGCCCACGACAAGAGCGGAGCCAACGCCAUCUACUACGCAGCGAGACACGGCCACGUCGAGACCCUGAGAUUCCUUCAUGAGAAGAAAUGCCCCCUGGAUGUCCAAGAUAAGUCUGGAGAGACGGCUCUUCAUGUGGCGGCCCGCUACGGCAACGUGGACGUGGUGAACUACCUGUGCAGCAUCCGGGCCAACCCGGACCUGUCUGACCGGGAGCAGGAGACCCCGCUGCACUGCGCUGCCUGGCACGGGUACUCGACAGUCGCCCGGGCGCUCUGCCAGACGGGCUGCCACGUGGACGCAAAGAACCGGGAGGGCGAGAGUCCGCUGCUCACGGCGUCCGCUCGGGGCUUCGCGGACAUCGUGGAGUGCCUGGUGGAGCACGGGGCCGAUCUACAAGCAACUGACAAGGACGGCCACACCGCCCUCCACCUGGCCGUCCGGAGGUGUCAGGUGGAGGUGGUCCGCCGCCUCCUCCGGCACCACUGCCCCCUGGACCAGCAGGAUCGCCAUGGCAACACGCCGCUGCACAUCGCCUGCAAGGACGGAAACCUGCCCGUCGUCAUGGCGAUCUGCGGCGCCAAGGCGAACCUCGACCUCGCCAACAAGUCCGGCCGGACGCCGCUCCACCUGGCGGCUAACAACGGCGGCCUCGAGGUCGUGCGUCACCUCUGCCUCUCCGGAGCCAACAUCGACGCCGUCACCAACGAUGGAAAGACAGCGGAGGACUUGGCUUCUACCGAUCAACAUGAACACAUCAUUUCUUUGUUGGGGAAGCUGAAAAAGGACAACCACAAGCUGAGCUACAUCCAGCAGCUGCGGCCCACGCAGACCGUGCAGCCCAGGAUCAAGCUGAAGCUGUUCGGACACUCCGGAGCCGGGAAGAGCUCCCUGCUGGAGUCUCUGAAGUGUGGCAUCCUGCGCAGCUUCUUCAGGAGGAGGAGGACGACGCGCAUGACCAACACGACCCGGCACCCCAACUCCCCCAUCAACUCCAAACCUGCCGUGUCGCUGAGUAUUUCCAACUUGUACCCGGGCUGUGAGAAUGUGAGCGUGCGGAGUCGCAGCAUGAUGUUUGAGCCCAGUCUCACCAAAGGCGUCCUGGAGGUCUUCUCCCCCGUCACCAGCGCCCUGUCCACCGCCGACGACCAGGCCACGAAGGCCAUCGACAUCCAGCACGCCAACAUCCACGGUGUGGGGGAUUUCAGCGUGUGGGAGUUUUCGGGGAACCCGGUGUAUUACUGCUCCUACGACUACUUUGCCGCCAACGACGUCACGGCGAUCCACUUGGUCCUGUUCAGCCUGGAGGAGCCGUACGAGACUCAGCUGAGCCACAUCACCUACUGGCUGAACCUGCUGAAGGCGCUCACGCUGCCCCAGGACAACAUCGCUUUCGGGGGUCGGAUCCCGCAGCCGCUCACGGUCGUCCUGGUGGCCACGCACGCCGACCUCGCCGACGUCCCCAGAGCGUUUUCUGGAGACUUCAGCUACGACAAGGAGCGAGCUCUGCUGAAGGAAGUCCGGAACAGAUUUGGGAACGACAUGCAGUUCAGUGACAAGUUGUUUGUGAUGGAUUCUGGAGCCUCAAACUCCAGAGACAUAAAGCUGCUGAGGAGUCACUUACAGGAGCUGCGCACCAACAUCAUAUCGACGUGCAGUCCCAUGACGCUGCUGUCGGAGCGCCUGCUGACCACGCUGCCGUCCUGGAGGAAGCUGAGUGGACCCAACCAGCUGACGUCGUGGCAGCAGUUUGUCAGCGACGUCCAGGAGCACAUCAACCCUCUGGUCAGCCAGGAUCACCUGCGCACACUGGCCCUGCAGCUUCACAGCAUGGGAGAGAUCAACAUCAUGCAGAGUGAGACGGUGCAGGACGUGGUUCUGCUGGAGCCUCGCUGGCUCUGCAGCACUGUCCUCGGCAAGCUGCUCUCCGUGGAGACGCCCAAGGCCAUCCACCACUACAGGGGGCGCUACAGGCUGGAGGAGGUGCAGGCUCUGGCCCCUGAAAGUGACGUGGACGAGCUGCUGCAGAUUCUGGACGCCAUGGAUGUCUGCGCCCGUGACGCCACCAACCCCUCCAUGGUGGACGUUCCUGCCCUCAUCAAGACAAACGGCCUCCACCGCUCCUGGACCGAAGAGGAGGAAGAGGAGUCCCUGCUCUACGGCGGCGUGCGCCUCGUCCCCGCCGAGCACCUCACGCCCUUCCCCUGUGGCCUGUUUCACAAACUGCAGGUCAACCUGUGUCGCUGGAGCCACCAGCAGAAGCCAGAGGAGGAGGGCAUGGAGGACAUCGCCGGAGACAUUCAUCUGUGGUCCAACGGGGCCAAGGUCAGCCAGGGGUCGGUGGAGGCCAUGGUUCUGCUGGUCAACCACGGGCAGGGUCUGGAGAUCCAGGUGCGUGGACACGACUCCGAGCGGGCCAAGUGCUACACCCUGCUGGACACCAUCUGCAGCAUCACAGAGAACCUGCUGGCCUCCACGCUGCCGGGCCUGCUCACCGCCAAAUACUACCUGAGUCCCCAGCAGCUGCGGGAGCACCACGCCCCCAUCAUGGUCUACCAACCCAAAGACUUCUUCCGGGCUCAGGUCCAGCGGGAAAACUCUCUCACCAACACGAUGGGAGGCUACCGGGAGAGCUUCAGCAGCAUACUGGUGUUCGGCUGUGCUGAGGUUUACCAGCAGGGGACCCUGGGAACAGACAUCCACAUAUCAGACGUCCCCCUGCUGGCUCGCAGGAAGCUGUGCCGCAUGCUGGACCCUCCGGACGCGCUGGGCAAAGACUGGUGCCUGCUCGCCAUGAACCUGGGCCUCACCGACCUGGUGGCCAAACACAGCAGCGGGACUCCAAACGGCACCCCCGAGCUGGAGCCCGACUCCCAGCAGGCCGAGCUGCAGCCCAGCCCGACGGCGGCGCUGCUGCAGGAGUGGAGCGGGCGAGAGGACAGCACGGUGGGCGUGCUGAUGGCCAAGCUGCGGGAGCUGGGCCGUCGGGACGCCGCCGACUUCCUGCUCAAAGCUUCUCCCGUCUUCAGGGUCAACAUGGAGGCAGUGGGUGGAGCCCUCAACGGCUACCCCCCCACCUGCAACGGAGGCAUGUCGUACAACUCCAUCAGCUCCGUCGUGUCCCGCUGAACUGAUCAGGGUUCGACUCUGUCCUCGCCAGACGAGACGGUUUGUCCUCUGAGACUUUUCCCCCUGAACACACUCCUGUGUGUGUGUGUGUGUGUGUGUGUGUGUGUGUGUGCGUACGGUGUGUGUGUGCGUGUGUGAAAAUAAACAAGUGCAAUCGUUACCCGAGGGGAGCAGCUCGCUCUUCAAUCACUCCCAUCACGUCGGGGCCAGAUGUUGUGUUUGUGCUCUCCACAUCUGUACAGCCCGACUCUCCUUCCACUAUGAAUGUUGUGAAAAGCUGAACAUCCUGAGCUCCAAAGAGGAACCUGUGCUUUUAUUCUGUUCUUAUUCUCGUCGUGCUGCUUUUUAAAAUCCCUCCUCCUCCUCCUCCUCUCUCUCUCUCUCUCUCUCCUCACAGCGAAGGUUCAAAUCUCAUAACAUCCCUGUAACAGACAGGAAAAGAUGGCGGUCUCAUGUUCGGACCUUUCUCUCAUGUUCAGGACUUUAUGAAAUCAGUGUAGACUCGGAGGCUGUGGUCCUUCCUCCCUCGAGGCUUCACCUCACUCCUGUUUAAUACGUGAACAUCAUUCUGCCUCUGUGGCCUUCUACCUCCCUAAAGAGCACAAAGUCGUCCCAGCAGUGGUUCUGUCCAAACAUUGGAACAGCUGUGCCUUGUUGACACUGAUCGAAAAGCUUGUCUCAUUUUACCAAGUUCUGAAAUUUGAAUUUCCCAAACGCGACUGAAAUGGGAUCCUCGUUUCUGCCGAGUUCUGUUCGCUGACUUUAAUGUUGUCGAGUCGUCGGGAGAUGUUUGAUCUCAGAUUGAAUUCAGUUGUUGAUGUGACGCUGUGAGUCGAAGGGAAACUGGUGUGUUGUUGGGUUUUUACAGCCCUGCGCAUUUCUCUAAGUAUUAUCCAUCCAUCCAUCCAACAGCUAAACUCUAAUGUUCUGGAUUCAUUUGAAAACGUUUAAUCUCACAGGGUUUGGUUGAAGGAUUCCUGGAAAGACAAUGACAGGAACAGAAAGUGUCUAACACUGUUUUAGUCUGAGCAGUUUAUUACUGAAUUUGUUUGAAGGUAAUUUGCUCCAGUGAAACAAACUUCUGUGAAACCAAAGCUCCGCACCGAGGAAUAGAAGAAAGUUGGGUUCAAGUUUUUAUCACUUAAGAGACGAGUUUCAUUUCUGGUCUUGGUCACAACUUUCUUAUCUCUCAGACUCGACUUCAGUUUUCCUGUCGACAGGUUUUGAUAAAAUAAAACAUUUAUCUGAUUUCAGUCGAGAGGUUUUAAUUUCCACAGAUUCAAUUUGAGCUUGAACACUUUAAAACUCUUUGUAGUGAUUGAACACGUCCACAUUAUCCAGGAAUCGUUAUCAUAAUUACUCAGCUGUGACUCUUAAGAAACUACGGGACCUAUAAGUGAAAGUGUGUCUCUGCUGUUCAGCCUCACACAAAGGGAACUGGAGCCAUGUUUUUCCUUCAACCACUGAAAACUGGAUCUGUUCAGCUUCAGGCUCCAACUCAAAACGGAAGUAAACAACCCGAAGAGGGGACAUUUUGUAAUUUGGUCGAUUUCUAAACUUUUGUACCGAGCAAAAAGCAACAAGUUUUCUACACGUGUGACCGGUGCACGGACGCCAUGAGUCACAGAGUCCGAGUCCCCGACGCCGCUUGUGUCCGAGCGUCAGUGACUCGGUCGGUUUCACUCGGCUUCACGUUUUCUUUCACUUCUCGUGACACAAAGCUGCAGCUCAGCGAAAUCAUGGAAUAUAAACAAAGCUGAAUUAAAAAAAGGCUGCAGAUGAUAGAAAAAACCUGUUCUCCCUGUGGAAGCUGGUGUUUUAUAAUGUUUGUGUGAACGAACCUGGACCAGAAGAAAUGCUCUAAAAAGAGUUUCAUUCUCAUAACGUUGGUGUAAAGAACCUUUUUCUGGACGCUGUGUCCCAGUCUGGUAGAAAACCAGUGGCUCUGUGCAGUAUUUCCUGUUUCUGUGUCUUUUCUUCCUCCAGCGUCUCCGUCUGCUCAGAGAUGAGACUCUACAGACGAUUUCCAAUCCUCUCUCACUCUGUCUGUCUCAGCUUGAACUCGCCAAUCGAAGCAGCUUAACCUCGGGCUGUGGUGUAAAUACUCGAGUGUCCUUCUCUUCAUCCUCUCGUUUGUUAUUUCACCUCCUUCAGCUUCGUCGAUUACAACGAGGCUAAAUGAAUGUACGACACAUUUCUCCUAGAAACGAUAGAACUCCUGCUUAUGUAUAAAAAAAACAUGACGAAGUGAAAUGUCCCAAACUGCUCGUGAACAUUGUUUUAUUUUGUUCUUGUUUUACUGAAGUUGCCAACGUGGUGUGCCUGAACAACACACUUCUUCAUUCCUCUGUUGCUGCCUUGUAAACGCCGAGAGGUGAUGUUCGAGAAAGGGAAGUGAACGUGAAGUUUCUCCUCCCAGGACAAAAAGAGAGGCUCUCUGUGGUGAGAGCUGAGAAUCACCUCCAUGUCGUCACUUUGGUUUUUUUUCCACAUGGUUCCGGCUGCGAGUGCAACUGGAACAAAGAGGUUUUAUGAAAACACGCGGUUCUGCGAGUUCCUGUCGAACGAGGAAACUGGACUGAAUGACGCUCGGUCCAAUCGCCACAUUGCACAAGUCGUGUUGUCGCUAUUUAUGUUACGUUCUUUAAGCAUGUCUUGGAAUGCCAUGUUCUUAGUACUUCUGACACUUUAUAGUGUAAUACAUUUUAUAAUAAAUUCUUUACCUAAUA